AUGAAACUAACACAAAAGAUCUUACAAGUUUAUUUGUUAAAUACAUUUUAUAUAAGUGGCUUUCAAACAAUACCACGACUACCAUGGCUUUCAGCUUUAAUAAGAAUUUUCUAUUUAUGCUGGUUAUCUACGGUGGUAUUUUUAAUGUUUUAUUGGCGUAUGAAUGGUGGUGAUACCUCAGUGGGCGGCCUUGUGGGCACGGCCUCAUUUUUAGCUAACGGUACAGUUAAUAUCAUUAUUCUAUUGGAGACAAUUUGUAAAGAGAAGUAUUACAAAAGGAUGGUAAAACGAAAACAAGAGGUAGACGAAUUGUUAAACCAGUAUUUAAAUGUUAAUGUCUGCAAACAUAUAAACUACAAGAGUUUAACUAAACGUCUCAUAAUAAUUGUAGUCUUGCAACUGAUAUGCGAUGCCUUGAAAAUGUGGAUAAAUUGCAUUUCUAAAAUUAGUCCAGUAUUUUGGUAUCUAUUACCCAUAACUAUUAGUCUACGUACACGUUAUUUACAAAUAAUAUCUACUAUAAUGACUUUAAAUCGUAGAAUUGAAAUACUUAGAGAUGUUAUAGCAAAAGUAGCUAAACAAAAUGAACCGAAAUCGAAAUUUUCAAGUGAUAUUUGGCAACCUUACAAUCCAGCAGAAUAUGAAAAAGUCAAUUAUAUGCGUUUGAUUUACAUGCGUAUGUGGGAAAGUUAUAUGAGUUUUAAUAAUCUAUAUAGUUGGUCUUUGUUGACAUUGUUUAUGUCAUCGUUUUUCGACAUAGUCUGUAAUUGUUAUUGGACAUUUACGGCCCUUUAUAAAGGACAAGCUUUUCACAAGUAUGUUAUGAAUGGAGCUACUUCGUUCUCUUUAGCCAGUUUGGUUUAUGUGUUAUUCUAUUUUACGGAUGCAAGUAAUAAUAAUGUAAGUAUUAAAUUAAUGAUUAAGUUCUAA